CACAGAAGUGGAGGAUUCUGCUCAAAGCGAAGCAAUGGAAAAGGCAGAGGCAAGACCGUCCAAGUUAGGCGAAAACUCCAGUUCUAAUUACCAGGAACAAAAACCAGGCUUACGAGUGUCCUCAGAGAAAAAGUCCAAAAAAUGUGAUCACAAAGAAAAUAACCGGCCAUUGAAAUUCUUCGAGAGGGUUUUUCGGGAUAGUCAUUCCUCCUGGACUCGAGAAGAGAAAAGCAAAGACAUCACAAAAGGAAGAGUUCUAGCAUGGGUUGAAAAAGAUGAUCUCUCUAAGCCUAGAACUACAGAGAAAAAGUCUAGCACAGAUGAAGUAGAAAUGAUCACGUUAAAGCCUUCCAAAUCAGAUUUGUCUCUAGAGGUAGUCAUAGAAGUGUCAUCGGAAGAAGAACAGAAGGGAGACGAUGAUGAUGAUGAUGAUGAUGGUAAUGGCAUUGCACAUCCGCAACACUUGGAAGAAGAAGCUAAGCAGACAGUAGGGAAAAGUAACCAAGGGACUAGUCCUUCCAAUAAGACAUCCAUAUUCCAGAAAGAAGCUGAAGACUCAACUGAGGACUCUAAGGGAGUAACAACAGAGCAACCUUUAGGAAAAGGUAAACAAGGGAGUCCUUGUCAGCAAACAAGUAAUACAAUUUCAGUUAAAUAACAGAGGUAACAAAAA